AUGCCCAUGAUCCUUCGGCCAACUUACAGGACGUGCUCCGAAUUGUCUGACUACUUAGCCUACGUCGUUUUUGUCCUCUACCAUCUCUCAUCCUAUUCGACAAGUCUUAUUGAGGAGGAACACGAUAUUUGGUUAGUUUUGGAAGUUGUUUUGUUCUCGGAGAGCCGAGGACUAAGUGGAUGCGUUCGCACGCGAACCGCGCCGAGCACAGAUUUGCGAACGAGUCCUGCGUCAAACAAGUUUUCCAUCUACGCCUGGGUAUUACGUUUCUUCAACGUUAUUCUGCACAAAAUGGCUACCAUAGUAAGAACUCCGGAAAAAUCUGGAUAUUCUUCGGAAACGAGCGGCGUUGCACUACUAUGUCUUCACCGUUUGGCAAUGAGCUUCACGUCCCAUACCAGGAGAAGAUGGUCGAUGAGACAAGGUGGCUUAACCAUGUUCCGGGCCUAUACCUACAGAAUAAUACCGCUUGCUUUUUUAGAUGUUCUACCCCCUCCAAUACUGCCUGAAUUCCGAUUCAACGUCCAAUUACUCGAGCACGACUUUAAUGACAGAUUCUCACUUAGCAGAGCUCGCCGAAAUGGGUAUGUCUAG